AUGCGUCGGGCGAAUAUCUCAGUCGUCACUCAGAUGUCGUCUACCCAGCUAGAUGAGAUGGUCCCGUAUGCUCAAUUUGCUCGUGCUGCUUACUAUUCGCCUACGCUGAUAAAUGGCUGGAAGUGUGGUGGAGCUUGCGAGGCGGUGCCUGAGUUCAAGGUUUCUCUCACAGGGGGUAAUGACGGCAGUAUCCAAUAUUACUACGUUGGUUACUGGCCGACAGAAAAUACCGUGGUAGUCGCUCAUGAAGGUACAGACCCGGCCAAAAUCUUAGCUGAUCUCACUGAUGCCAAUGCAUUGACGAAACGCUUGGACCCCACGCUUUUCCCCGGUGUUGAUGGCGACGUCGAGGUUCACAGCGGAUUUGCCGACGAACACGCAUUAACUGCAAGCAUCAUCUUGAAGGAGGUGAAGAGCCUGAUCUCUCAGUAUAACGCCAAGAGCGUCACGUUGGUCGGACACUCCCUGGGAGCCGCUCUUUCGGAGAUUGAAUGCGUGUUUAUGGCCUUGAACCUUCCUUCUAGCAUCGCUAUCAAAGGUGUGACAUUUGGUACGCCCCGCGUAGGAAAUCGGGCAUGGGCCGCUCUCUUCGAUUCCAAGGUACCAGACUUCCAACGAAUUAACAAUAAGAAGGACAUUGUUCCGAUUGUUCCAGGGCGCGAAUUGGGCUUCUCGCAUGUCCAUGGAGAGGUCCAUAUCGUAUCUAACGGAGACGCAGUCCAGUGCCCAGGCGACGACGAUGCCACGGAUUUACAGUGCACAAUCAAGAGUGUGCCCAACAUCUUCGUGGGCAACGCCUCGGACCACUCGGGUCCAUACCAAGGGAUUUAUAUGUGA